GCAGCGCGAGCCGUUGAAUUCUGUAUUGAAAUAAAAAUAGAUCAGUUUCACAUAAUAGUUCGCGUGAUUCGCAGCUUUUUUUAAUGAUAGUAUUCAGAAUUAUUAUUUGAGAAAGGAGCGUUUUCUAAUAUCUUUUUCAUAAUAUUUUCAAUGGAAUUUACAAAUUGUUGUAAAGUAUUUUGAUUGUUUUCCGUUUGUAAUCUUGUGGUGAUUGACAAAAGCUAGAAGAGUCCACGGGGCCUUGUUCAUUACCGCUGGUGAACUUGAAAUAGGAUGACGCAAAUUAAGGCGCUAUGCUGUCUGAGAUUUUGCUAGUAGUCAAUAAAGAACUUGGGAAGUUUUUGUGGUUUAUUCAAGAUGCAGCGAUUCAAAGAAGUUUUAACGAAAUAUCCAGUUGUUCGUGGAAUGCUUUCCUAUAGUCUUAUAUGGCCAACAAGCAGUCUUGUUCAACAAACUUUCGAAGGAAAACGGUGGGGAACCUACGACUGGUACCGAUGCCUGAGAUUCAGCCUUUAUGGCGGAUUUUUUGUCGCACCAACUCUUUACUCAUGGAUCCGAGUUUCGUCAGCAAUGUGGCCACAAACCAACUUUCGAACAGGCGCCAUAAAGGCUAUCGUCGAACAGUUCUCAUAUACGCCUGCAGCGAUGACAUGUUUCUAUUUUAUAAUGAGUUUAUUGGAGAGGAAAACAAUACGUGAAGCUGGUCAGGAAGUCUCGAAGAAAUUCCUGCCUACAUACAAGGUUGCGUUAGCUGUUUGGCCAAUAGUUGCAACGAUUAAUUUCUCGCUGAUUCCUGAAAAGAAUCGAGUACCGUUCAUAAGUGUUUGCAGUCUCAUUUGGACUUGCUUCUUGGCUUACAUGAAGCAUUUGGAACACCGACAUGUUGAUGAGGGGAUUCUAAUGUUCAGGAAAGCUGAAUCGUGACUGAAUAACUCGUCCUUUGUACAUACGAAUUUACAAAUAAGUUGAGUUUUUUGUUGAGUAUUAGAUCAUAAUAAAAGUCGCCUUUUACACUUA